AUGCCCGACGAUAAAGAAAAGCCGAGCCUGGUGGUACCACCACAAAAGAUGGACCAGGACGACGAAGCUGUCCGGGCAGCAAUAUGGGACAAGUAUAGCGCCGAAACCCGCAGACGCAUGUUGGAAUGCCUCCUUCAUCUCGGAGUAGGAAGCGGACCCCAAACACCAGACGGGAUGGCGUUGUUCGUCAUCAACGCCGACAACAGGUGGAUCGACGAGUCGCCCUGCGAGCCCAUCCGUAAGUUGCGCUUCGCCCACUGGCGGAACCGGGAACAGGCCAACAACGACAGCAUGGACGCGGAGAGAUACAAGAAGAGGAGCGAAAAAUGUCUUCGGGACCAGCGGGGUCUUUUGCAGCCUCAGACUCAAUUUCAAGAGCAGAUGGCGGGUCUCUGCGGAGAGGAAGCCAAAGAUUGCGCCUGGAGAGGGGAACUGGCCAAGGAGUUUCACGAUACGACCAUGGUCAGGAUGCAUGAGUAUGAAACGAUCGGAAACCCGGAUAACGAAAAGGGGGCCGAUCUGCAUCAGCUUGACGAAGACUUGCAGCAGCGGUUUGACGAGCUCCUGGCUGCGGAGGAUUUGGACCUCGAUAAGUGCAGGCGGUAUGACAAGGAGUUUGAGGGACGUUGUAUCUCUCGAGAAGGCCGGAAGGCUGAACUUUGCUGUCUUGAGAGAAUAGCACGUGAGAAGGGGGCAUUGGCGUCGCAGCCAAAAAGUAAAGUGGUUCACAUUUCAACACUACUCCAGUGGUGGUUUGAAUCUACCGAUGAGGGGACUUUCAAUCAAUCGCAUACCGUGGAACAAGAUAUGGUUUUCCUCAUUCUGAUAUGCAGUGAUCUAGUGACUAAAGACACUCUUGUCUUCACACUCCUGAGAUAUCAUUGA